ACCCUUCGUCUGAACUGAUAGUCUCCAACCAACAUCUCCCCAUCAAGUGACUGCAUUUUUUUACUUUGUGUACAAAUCUACCUUCCCCUUAAAGGCGUCAGUGCUAUUUUUCUCAACUAUUCCCCACGGUAGUGAAUUACACUCAGGUGAGAGCAUUCCAAGCUAAGUCUAUAAUUAUCGUUCCACCGUGAAUCAUCGGGAAAUCAAGGCAGGUUGUAACAUUUGGACAGAGUAACCGCUGUGAGCUGCUGCCUGUAUCUGUGGUCAAUAGCACUGGCGUGGAGCCAAAUGAAAGUUUCCUGUUGCUUCCUCUGUUUUUAAGUAACCCAUUGCGCAAGACGAGUCUCGGCGGAGUUUAUCCGCGUUAGUUGAAGGUAGUCCCACGUGUAAACGUUUCGACUGAUUUCCCGGAGCCCAACUCGAAAGCACCUUUUUUGUUUGAUAGAAAAAGAUGAUGGGUUCUUUCCUCCAAUCCCUGCAAGAUCCUCGCCUUGUGGCCAGUUUCCAGAGGCGCUGUGGUUUAUUUCUUCAGGCUGAAGACGGAGCUUCUGCCAGUUCUAGCAACUCCUGCGGCAACGGAGCUGCGAGUCAGGGGUCCGUGGAGAAUGACAGAGUUAUCCGGACAAGUGUAUGCGCUAAUGGAUACGGGAGGAAUAAGGCUGGCGAGUCACCACAGCACCUCCAGGCACAGGAGAGGAGGGAGCAUCCUCAAGUAAAUGGAUCCUCAUCAAAGGAAAAGCCAGGAUAUGUAGUGAAGAACUUUUUCUUUUACUACUUGUUCCGAUUUGCUGCUGCAUUGGGCCAGGAGAUCUUUUACAUCACAUUCCUCCCAUUCACCUACUGGAAUUUUGAUCCAUAUGUUACUAGGAGACUGGUUGGUGUGUGGGCAAUCGUUAUGUACUUGGGCCAGGCCUCCAAAGACAUCAUCAAGUGGCCACGUCCAUUAUCCCCACCAGUUGUAAAGUUGGAAACAAGAGUUGACGCAGAGUAUGGUAUGCCAUCAACCCAUGCUAUGGCAGCCACUGCUAUUUCCUUUACAUUCCUAAUUGCUACCAUGUACAGAUACAAGUAUUCAUUUGUGUUAGGACUAAUGGCUUCUAUGGUGCUGUCUACUCUGGUCUCACUAAGCAGGCUCUACACAGGAAUGCACACUGUGCUGGAUGUGAUCUGUGGAAUCCUUCUUACUUCAGUACUUAUGGGCCUGACAUACCCUUUCUGGAACAUUCUCGAUAAUUUCCAGUUAAACAGUCCCCUAACUCCAGUCAUUGCAGUGGUUAUGCCUUUUCUCAUGAGUUAUAACUAUCCAGCAUUAGAUCAUUACAGCCCAACUAGGGGAGACACCACCAUAAUCCUAGCUGUGGCAUCAGGGUGCACAGUUGGCUUUUGGUUGAACUACCAAUAUGGUCAAACGUAUGAACCUACAGAAUCUCUCCCAUUUGAAAUACCUUCUAUAACUCUAGAGGUUGUGUUGAUAUCCAUUGCACGCUUUCUCAUUGGAAUUAUCAUUCUUGUUGCCACUCGCUUAAGUCAAACUCUUUCCCUCAAAGUACUGUGUGCCUGGUUUGAUGUUCCAGAAACGAUAUGGAAGCCAGGAAGAGACUGGAGAUUGAAGUGCCCCUAUAAAUUUGCAACAUAUUCAUCCAUUGGCUUCGUUGCAACAGUGAUGGUACCUUUGUUGUAUCAAUUACUCAAACUAUUGUGAGAAUUAAGGGGAUUGAGUGAUUUCUCUGCAAAUUCAUAGAGUCUGAGAUGCAUUCCGUGUGUUGAUGAAGACCUGCUGUAAAGAAAUCUCCUGCAAGUACUACAAGAACUCAAGUUUCUUUUCAAACAUUUUUUGAAGGAUACAACAUCCUUUUUUCAAUUUAGUUGAAUUAUUAGUCUCCAGGACAGCCUGGUCCAGAACAUUGCGUGUGUGAUUGAUAUGAUGAACUAGUCAUUGUCCACAAGAGACCAACAAUUCCACCACCUCUUGCUUUCCUUUUCCUCUUUCAACAGAUACAUUUCAGAUGAGGAACUCACUUCACAGCUAUAAUUUUGCGUUGGGAGAUAAAGAACUUUGAAAUCACUUUUUAUGUCAAUUUAUAAUUGAAAACCAAUGCAUUUUACUACAGUGAUAUUACAUUAGAGGCUACAUUAAAAUACUUAAUUGGCUGUAAAAGUGCCUAGGGAAGUACUUAGGUUUUGAAAGAUGUAUUUUUUUUCAUGACCAACCAAAUGCAUCAAAAAAAAGUCACCAAUUUUUCCCCUCUAAGGAAAUUUUCUGUCAAUUCAUUGAUCCAAAUUUGGUAAGUUUGUUUUUCCACUAGAACACGUACAAGAUAGUAACAUGGCUGUUUAUCUGAUAUUGCAGCUGCUAAUGAAGUUCUUUCAGAGAGCAAACUUUUGUGUAUUAUGGCCACAGCUGGAUCAUGACAAUCUUUCUCAACAAUGAAAUCUUACUAAAUUAUCAGAGGCACAUAAUUCCAUACAUUCCACAGAUUAUUCAUUUUAAGCUUGAAUACUGUGUUUUGCCCUUAUAAUUAACAAUUACAAAAGCAACUGCCUGCAUUCAUAUAUCACCCUUAACUGAAAAAUGGCCCACACUGCUUCAGUCAUAAAGAGAAAAAGAACAUUAUUGAGACGAGGAUGGAGAGACAGUAAGUCAUGCAUUUAUGAGCAAUCAGGUAUAACUAUGCAAAGUUGUAGUAACUAAAUUAUUAAAAUAUUUUGCUCUAGUGAAAGACUCUUAAAAUAAAUCUCUCAAAUAUAUGUCCCUAUUUAAAAAGAAAAUAUUGCAAAAUAAUCUUAAAAUGGAUUGUAUUGAAUGCAUGAUGUUAAUCUACAACUGUUCUUCAAUGUAAUACCUCCUUGAUUAUUUUCAAAAUCAGUUCUGUUCUAUACUAUGGAAAAAAUUGACUUUUUUACUGAAUUUGUUUACAAUUUUUGAAUUGUAUUCAAAUAAUGAUGACAUUUGUAACUUCUAAUCUAUUAAUGGAAUGUACAAAGAUGAUUAAUCUAUACAUAGAAAAAAUUCUGCACUUUUUAAAAAAAAAGUGCAUCUUGUUUAUAACUUAAACUGCACUGAAAACCCAGGCAACCCACUGCAAGACUGAGCCUGAUCGUCUUUUCACAAAUUAAGUUAAUUGUAUUGACAUUGUGCUACAAUGUUAAGUCCUUCUCACUACAUUGAUCAUGUUAUGUUUAACCAUUGGAAGUGGUUAACCUUCCCAGAACAAUUUAAUAAAUUAAGAAAAGAAAAUGUGUGGGCAUAAAAUUAACAUUGUGGGGAAAUUUUUUGUGAAAAGUAAUUAAGCAUGC